UCUGUGCUCGUUCCAAACGGCGUUUGUUCGGUCUCCGUGGUCUCAAAAGUCUAGAUCUUCGUCGAACGCAGCCUUCAAAGGAUGCAUUCCCUGAAUUGAGACACAGCCACAGAUACAUUUGUAUCCUUCACGGCGUAAUCAGUUUCAACUAAGAAUCUUUUUUUUGUUCCUUUUUUUUUUUUUCCCCUCCCCAAAACAAAAUGGCGGAAAAAGAGGCAGCAGUUGACCAUAAACUGUACCAACUGAACACCGGCGAUUUCGUCUUUAAAUGGAGCAAGGAGCUGACAGCUGAAUUUAUAAAGUUGAGGGCAGAAAGUGAACACCUGUUCACAGGAGCCAGGUUUUCAGCCCGUAUGGGCUGGAGGACAAUUCUGCAAAAAAUGGGCCUGCAGAAAAAGGUCACUCCUCUGCAAGCAAAAAAGAAGUGGGACAACCUCAAGAAAAAAUACAAAGAUUGCAAGUACCCAGAGGCAGGAGAAGGUGUCGCUGGGAAACCCAAUGCUGCUACUUGGCCGUGGUUUUCCCUCAUGGAUGAGAUGCUGGGACCCUUCACCACCCCCCCUCUGAAAAUAAUCACAAUCUCUGACGACACCCCAGAGACAAGUACAGCAAUGGGUGAUCAGGAGGAAAAUGACGAGGAUUACAGCCCAUGCUGCAGACUGGAGAGAAAGAGAAAAAGAAAUCAAGAGAAGGUUGAGCUUCUAGAACUCAUUAGAGAGGACAUGAAGCUGCAGAGGGAGAUUGAGGAGAGGAUGGCAAAAGAGAGCAGGGAGAGGAUGGACAGGCUCUUCUCUCUGCUUGAAAAAUUAAUUGAAAAAUGAAUACAUGAAGUCAUUUUUAAAUACAUUAUUUUAAUAAACAACAUGUUAACACUACAUAUUGUAUGGACUGUAUAUACAGUGCAUCCUGAAAGUAUUCACAGCGCUUCACUUUUUCCUCAUUUUAUGUUACAGCCUGAUGGGCCUUUCACAUUGCACGCUUUACAUGAGUCAGGCAACGAUUCCCAACGCGUCGUGACAUCAGAUGCUUCGCUUCGGAAGCGGCAAGGGGGUUGGAGAUUGCUCUGUCACAGUUCAGAACGGCGAAAGUUGGAUUGGGUUGAACUUUGACCGCACCAGCCGGUCGACAAGCGGCAAUGCGUGGUUCCAUCAGAAGUGUCGGUUUAGCUUGGCUUUUGACGCGAUACUUCU